UAAAACGAGUCAAAUACUGCAGCUUUCUCUAUAUAUAAGAAAAGAAGGUAAGUAGAGAUGUCUAUGAAAGAAAAAGUAAGAAGAGAUUAAGAGAAUAAUAAAGGGUCAUACAUGGAGGAUGUCUUCAGAAGAUCUGGUCAUGGAGCUCUGCCCAAGGAAAAUAAACCAGAUGAUUAUCAUUCUAGCGCUGGUUAUCAUCAUCAGCAUGAAGCUGCAUGCAAAGAAGAGAUUCUUGCUAAGGUUGGAAGCAAAAGAGCAUACCAUGAGAGUAGUGAAGAUCUCAAGUCUUUGGCAGAACAUGAUAAGGAUUUAAGCUUGACCAAUCAGGUAGAUGUCGCAAAUGAUAAGAAGGAAAGAUCCACCCUGGAAUCUGAUUCAAAAGCGUCUUCUUCCAGCCAAAAGAAACAGGAUAAUUGGCUUGAAUCAACCAGAGCUGAAAUGGGAGAAGUGAGAGAAGAAAAUCAAAGGCUGAGAAUGUAUUUGGGUCAACUGAUGAAGGAUUACCAAGCCCUUCAAAUUAAAUUUUAUAACACUAUCCAACAAGAAAAAACAAAGAAAUCUACCUCAGCAGUUGAUACCAGUCAUCAAGUAGUUGAAGAAGACGACCUUGUUUCCCUUAGUCUAGGGAGAUUUUCAAGUAAAUCCAUAAAGGAUCAAAAGAGCAAAAUUUAUAGCAAUGGGAAAGACGAUGAGCCGGCUACUAAUGAAGGUCAUUUGUCUCUUGGACUAGACUGCAAGUUUAAAGUCUCCAUAUCUCAUAAUGCAGAUGGUGAACUUUUGGCCAAUCCAACAAGUCCGGUGAACAGCUCUGAAGAUCAACAAAAGGAAGAAGCUGGGAAGAUGAUCAAGGCAAUGCCAAGUGGAGGAGAUGAUGAAAUGGUGCAACAGAACCCUCUUAAGAAAGCUAGGGUUAGUGUGAGAACUAGAUGUGAUACUCCAACGAUGAACGACGGAUGCCAGUGGAGGAAAUAUGGACAGAAAAUUGCAAAAGGAAACCCAUGCCCACGAGCUUACUAUCGUUGCACUAUUACACCAUCUUGUCCAGUAAGGAAACAGGUUCAAAGAUGCGCUGAGGAUGUAUCCAUUUUAAUCACCACCUAUGAAGGAACACACAACCACCCACUUCCUCUUUCCGCCACGGCUAUGGCUUCCGCCACCUCUGCUGCUGCUUCAAUGCUGUUGUCUGGGUCAGCAUCAUCAAGUUCUCGAACCGGCCCCAACCCUUCAGCGAUCUCCAGCACCACUGCUGCUGACCUUCAUGGACUAAACUUUUGCCUAUCAGAUAACUCAAUGUCGAAGCAAUUCUACUUGCACAACUCUUCACUUUCAGCUUCACCUUCGCACCCAACAAUCACUCUCGACCUAACUUCAAAUCCAUCUCCAUCUCCAUCUCAAUUCAAUAGAUUUUCUUCCAGUUAUGCUCCAAUACUAAAAUCCGCUCCCGCCGGUCUAUACUUCAGCUCUGACAUACCUAAUGCGGCGCCCUGGGGCAAUGGGCUCCUUAGCUACGGUAGUGCUUCACAACCCUACAACAGGACCCUACAAGGAACUUUAAACGUAAGUGGUAGACCACCCAUAGAAGGUAGCCAUUUUCAACCCUACAUGCAGAAGAAAACCGAAUCUAGUCUUCAGCAGCCAUUACCGGAUACCAUAGCUGCCGCAACCGAGGUGAUAACCUCAGACCCUAGUUUCCAAUCAGCUCUAGCGGGAGCUUUGAUAUCUAUCAUUGGCAGUGGUAGUACAAAUGUGGGCGGAGUGGAUAACUUUGCCCAGAAGUUGAAGUUGGGUGAACACUUUCCUGUGGCUAGUGGUUGCUCAUCAUCGCCAACAACUAAAGCCAGUAUUGCAUGUGCAACAAGCUACUUGAAUAAGACGACUUCAGCAAAUUCUCAACCUGCUAAUUUGAUGUUUCUGCCACCUUCACUGUCUUUCCCUUCUACAAAGAGCGCAUCUGCAUCUCCUGCGGACAACAGAGACACCCCCAAAUAAUUAUACUUAAUAAAUUGUUUCAAUUUUGUUUUGGUGUCCUGUAAUAAUAAUAUACAAAGAAAUUUUUUCAUGGUUGACCAGCAAGGGAAUAGUUGAUGAAUAAGGUUUUCACUCUU